AUGGCGUUCCUGUGGGCACUCACCUGCCUGGCCCUGGCCAGCACCGUUUCAGGCUGCGGGGUGCCCCUGAUCAGCCCCUCGGUGCAGUACAGCGAGAGGAUCAUCAAUGGGCAGAACGCGGUGUCCGGCUCCUGGCCCUGGCAGGUGUCCCUGCAGACUCGCACAGGAUCCCACUUCUGCGGUGGUUCUCUGAUCAACGAGAACUGGGUGGUCACAGCCGCCCACUGCGAGUUCAACCCAUCUUCCCACGUUGUCGUCCUUGGGGAAUACAACCUCGCCUCCCAGACUGAGGCUGUCCAGGUGAAGACUGUGUCGAAGGCCGUCACGCACCCCAACUGGAACACCUACACCCUCAACAACGACAUCACACUGCUGAAGCUCUCCUCGCCUGCCCAGCUGGGCACCCGUGUGUCCCCUGUCUGCCUGGCUGCUGCCAACCUGGUUCUGUCUGACUCCCAGCAGUGCGUCACCACCGGCUGGGGACGCACCAGCACCAUCUCCAACGCUCCGGCGUCACGCCUGCAGCAGGUCUCCCUGCCCCUGAUUUCGCAGAGCCAGUGCCAGCAGUAUUGGGGCACCCGCAUCACCAGUGCCAUGCUGUGUGCCGGUGGGGCUGGAGCCUCUUCCUGCCAGGGUGACUCCGGAGGUCCCCUCGUGUACCAGAGUGGGAACGUCUGGACCCUGAUUGGCAUCGUCUCCUGGGGAAGCAGCAACUGCAACGUCCGCACGCCUGCUGUCUACACCCGUGUCAGCCACUUCCGAAACUGGAUCGACCAAAUUGUAGCCCAAGGGUAGAGCCUAGGGGAUCCCUGUUGCUCCAGCAGCACAGGGAUGAGCACAAAGUGAGGCUCACUUUGUUGCAGAGUAAUAAAGCAUGUGCUUGUGGCCAGCCCUGCUCCUUUUUUCUUGUGGUGCAGCACACAGCAGGAGGUGCAUAGGGUUCGAAAAAGGUCUCAGCAGUCUGGGAAUACAAUCAGAGGCAUCCCAAUUUAAGUAUGGUGUGGGAGCAUCCCAAUUUAAGUAUGAGUCCUGGAUGGUGUGGGAGCAAAGGGCUGUGUUCUGGGAAUGAAGGGCUGGCUCCUAGCAGCUGGAUAUAGAGCUGGGCAUAGAGAAGGAAGACCAGGGUGUCCCAAAGCCCCAAGAUACGUGGCAGCAAGGCCCACAGGAAUAGCUGGAUUGUGCCUUCACUCAGCAGUACUGAAGUACAACAUGCCACGUGGAACAAGCAUGCACUUCGUUGGCUUUAACCAGCUUCCACGCGGCUCUAAAGGUCGUCAGGGAUGUGGGGAUGGGGGGUGUGGGCAGGAGAAACCACUUUCUGUAGUUGUCUGUUGAGCACUCUGCUCACCUUCACCCCUGCUGCUGCCCUCACCCCUCCAGCAGGAUGUGGUUCACAAGGAGCACGCUUCUCUCUACUAUGGGUUUUCCUAUUGGUCCUGAAAAGUGACACACAGGAAAGUUGUGAGCAAAGCAGGGCAUUUCUCCAGCCAGGUAACAAUGAAGAAGUGGCUCAAGGCACCCAAAGCUGUGAUUUCCAAAAGGAAGUGCCUAACUCACCCAGCCCACAGUCCCUCCAGAGGGGUGAGCAGCUCCCAACACCCAGCCACCAUCCACAACCCCAGAGCAGCAGCCAAGAGCCAGAAGGAAGCACACUGCAGCAAUGGGGUACACAGGAUACAUUGCUGUGUUUAACAGAGUACACAAAAUAAAUAGCUCUGUACACUCUAACCAGAACCUUACAGACUAAUUACAACGCUUCAGACCUCAUUUGAUGAGACAGUCUGUAAAGACAGGGCCCAAAGGCAAGGCACAGAACCGGGCGCUUCGUUAGGAGCGAACAGGACAUGAAUGCUGUGCUUCCAGCCCAGCACAGGAAAUUCGGUGACCGAAAAUAACAGCGAACACUGGAAGGUCCCAGAGCUUCCCCAGGAGGUGUCCUUCCGCAGUGAAAGGCAACAGGAAGGCUCCCACAAUCUGUUAGGUGCUCGUUUUGUGGUUUGGGCCAGGAUUUGUUCCACAUUCAAUAGACGCAGUGCAACAUCUGGGCAACAGCAGUGAGUGGCUCAGCGGUCACACGCAUGGGAUGUACAGUGUUAGCAUGGGGGGGACAGCAGGAGAAGGACACGGUGUCACCAAGGUGUGGGGGGAGCAGCUCUCUGCACCAUGGGGACAUGAAGGGGGGAAAGGUACCACGCUCCAUGAUGCUGCUACCACAAAGCAUCCCUGCUGCUUCACAUUUUCUGGCAAAUUCACCGCUCGCUGAUGCUCACCAAGCACCCGAGGGCUGUGUUUUUGAAUCCAGGCUGGAAGAGGAGACCAAGUGGUCAGGAGAAGCACCAAAAAGCUCCCAAGAGCAGUGCAGGCAGCUUGGGGCUGGGUGUCUGAGAGAAACAGGCAUGGCAUGCUGUUUUCCAGGAUGAAGAAGGCUGGGAAAUAGCUGCCCAAACCCAUGGGCCAAACUUUUUCUACAGAUAGGGAGCACUUUGGGAAUGCUCCAGUGCCAUCUCCAAAGAGCCAGAGUCUGCUUUACUCUUCCCUCUCUACUCUACUCCAGUGAGGCCCCAUCUGCAGUACUGUGUCCAGGUCUGGGGCUCCCCAUACAAGACAGAGUUGUUGGAGGGGGUCCAGAGGAGAGCCACAAAGAUGAUCAGAGGGCUGGAACACCUCUCCUACGAAGACAGG